CUGCGAUCAUCUUGUCUCCUAGAGAGCAGAGAUGUGCACCGAGCUGGUCUCCAUGCAUCCGGUGCAUCUGGAUGAAGAGGGGAUCCUCUACUUCGAAGAACAAGUUCUAGAAACAGACAGCUGGAAAAGAUCUGGAAAAUGUGAAUCCUCCCAAAUCUUCCGAAACCAUAAUAAUCAUGUUCUUGUGGCGCAUCCGUCUCAUGAAGAUCUCCAAGCAGUCUUUGAACACAUAACAGAUCAGGAAAUUCUGAAAGUACCAGGAAUCAAAUUUGACAUCCACAGUUACCAAGACUCUAAGCCAAAAGGACUGUCGGUGGCCUUCACCGUAGAAUGGAACCACCAGAUUUACCAUAUGUACGUGGAGAAGAGAGAGAGCAAAAUGAAGGUGAAAUUUAAGAAAGGAGGCAUUCCCCAAUACAUCGAAGGAGACACCAGCAACAUGAUCUUCAUCAAAACACGGUUUUCCGAUGGCAGCAGGCAGUUUUUCAGAUUUGAAUCUGCCCUGGAACGUGGCUACUUCCUGGCCUUUGAGUGGGACCAAGACAGCCAUGCAACCAAACUGGUUGCAAAGAAAAUAGAAGUUGUGGACGAAGUGGAUGAAUCAAUAAAGCUGCACCACGCCCCACCGCUCUGACAAGGAAACACAAGUAAAAAAUAAACCUGGCUGCAAGCAGUAGAAAAGUGAAGAUGUUAAAGGAGUAAUUUGGUGAUGUAAAUUAAAAAUCAUUGUACUAAGGAAAGCUAUACAAAUACCUAUAGCUUUGCAAGGAAUUCUGAUCCCAAUCAAUUAGCAAUAAAUGAAAAUUAGAUAAUACCUAAACAGUCAACAUUUUAACAUUCUUGUCUAUGCUUAGUCUAAUGGAAUAUUUUUUAAAUUGAGAUUUUAUAUUUUUAAUAAAAAUUAAAAUAAAUCCAAACGUUUUUUCUUACUA